GUCGGCCAUAUUUGAAGCUGGAAAAGACGGCCGAGCUAUUGAGCUACUUGCCGUAUUAAGCGACGGCGAUGAACGAUAUUUAUCUGUCCUGUCAUUUUGCUGCCGUGUUUUUUAAAUGAAAAUUAAAGUAUCAACAGUAUUUUGAAAAACCACUGCUUUGUACACAAAUAAAAAGGUGCCAGAUAUAAACAUAGAAAUACUCUCUGGCUACCUCUACACUGCACAAUGUUUUACGCACACUUUGUGCUGAGCAAGAAAGGCCCACUUGCCAGGAUAUGGCUGGCUGCACACUGGGACAAGAAGUUGACCAAGGCACAUGUAUUUGAAACCAAUGUGCCUUCGUGCGUGGACAGCAUCAUUCACCCAAAGGUAAAGAUGGCACUGAGGACAUCAGGCCAUUUGCUGUUAGGGGUGGUGCGUAUACAUAGUCGCAAAGCCAAGUACCUGCUAGCUGACUGCAAUGAGGCUUUUGUUAAGAUCAAGAUGGCAUUCAGACCUGGAGUAGUUGAUCUUCCAGAGGAGAAUCGGGAGGCAGCAUUCACUGCGAUCACAUUGCCAGAAGUCUUCCAUGACUUUGAUACAUCAGUUCCUGACCUCAACGAUGCAGAAGUACAGAAGCAGUUUACUCUGAACCAGAGCCGAGUUGAAGAGAUUACAAUGAAGGAAGACUUGGGAUCCAUUACUCUGGCACAAGAUGAUGGCUUUGGAGAUCUUGGAUUUGAUGAGCGUGAAAUAAUGCGGGAUGCCCAACAACAAGAAGAGUCCAUGUACAAGACCAGCCGUGACGAAUCCCACCUGCUUAGUGAUGUGAGCAAAAGGAAAGAUGCAACAUUGGAUACUUCAUUGGAGAAACCCAUGGAUCUUGGUUUGGAUGAACCCAUGAAAGAUGAUGGCUUUGGUGGGGAAAUGGUCAUGGGAGAAGGAUUGCUAGGUGGCAACUUUAUGGAAACUGGUGGAGGAUUGUUUGAUGAGCAGCCUGAGAUACCAGCUGGGGAGGUGUCCAUGGGACCUGAAGUUGCUCCAACAGAGAAACAACCAACACAGCAGAUACAGAGGGAUAAAGAUGCAGCUGAGACUGAAACUCCACAAGCUGAGAUGGUUGAGGCACAAGCCCCCGCAGACCAAACUACACUUGUACCCAAUGAAGAAGAAGCUUUUGCCUUGGAGCCCAUUGAUAUCACAGCUGGUGUGAAAGAAACAAGACAACGACGGAAACGUAAAUUAGUUGUAGAUGAAAUCAAAGAACUUGCUGGAGACCUAAUCAAAUCUCAACUCAAAGACACCUCAGACAUUGUAUCCACCCUGGAUCUAGCCCCACCCACCAAGAAGCUGAUGUUGUGGAAAGAGACAGGAGGAGCCGAGAAGCUUUUCAAUCUCCCUGGCAGACAGAGUAACUCUGAUCCAAUCAUUAAGGUAUUUACUAAGAACCUGACUCCAGACAUCCCCAAGGACCUGCGCACUCAUCAUGAACCACUGGACCUAGAGGACCAGGAGCCAGAGAGAAUGAGAGAUGAGCAGUUAUCACAGAGUGUGAAUGUCCAGGAGCAGGAUACAACUCUGGGGGAGGAUCAGUCAAUGCGAGCCAGGCAGGAAUCCAGUUCAUCCAAACUACCCGACAUGUCUCUCAUGUCGGUACGGAGAGCUUCAGUCUCCAGUGGUGAGGACGACUACGAUGCGGGAGAUGAUCUCUUUGGACCAGAGUACGACGACGAUUAUGAUAUCCCAUCUGUCAUGCCACAGUCUGUAGAUCCGCAGCAACAGCAAGAAGAGGAGGAAGAUGAGGAGAUUGAAGAGCGAGAAGGAGAGAAUACUGAAGAACGAGAGGAGAGGAUUCUGAAUAAGAGAGCUCAUCAAAUGUUGACCAGUAUUCGUAGUCGCCUGGCAAAGGAAGACACGCUGACCUUCUCUGAUAUGACCAGGAAACAAACACGGAAACAAGUUGCUGCCAAGUUCUAUACGUUGCUUGUGUUAAAGAAACAGCAAGCCGUCAACGUUCAGCAGAUCAGCACAUUUGCUGAUAUUAAUAUUACGCCAGGGCCGGCUUUCAACACAAUUUAUUAAUAAACAAGAGGACUUCAUUGUCAUAUUGGGUUGACAGCAUGUGGGUAUAGUUUGCCUUCAGGUCCACAAGUGAACAACUUCAAAGGUCCCAGCUGUUAUUUUUGGAGUCAACACCAGAUUUGAGGGAAUGAAGAUUGAGAACAUGUCAGAUUGGCUGACAACUUGAACUAUGUGUACAGUUUCUUUUAAAGUUGCUGAAUGAAAUGAGAUUCAGUACAUGCGCCAUCAAAUGCCUCUUUUUUAAGUAACACGUAGUUGUGAAGUCCAAAGUGCAGAUCAAAGUGCAGAUCAACUGCAUCCUAACUAGUGUGAAUAAGUAAAACUAGUGGCCAUAUUAUUUUUGGAGCUGAUGUGUAUUUUGCUCUGUUUCAUAAUGAAACUGUCUACAAAUAAUGAAUGUCUGCAAUCGCAAUAGUAAUUUCAUGAGGUGACAUUCCACGAAUGGUCUUUUCCAUGAGAUGAAGUUGAGUAGAAUGGCACAUUCAACUUGUCACCUCAUACGUUUGUAUCUGUUGCAUGACUGCAAAUCAUUCAUUAUAUGUUGUAUGCAAUGCCUGAAUAUUGUCUUCUUGUGUAAGUCGCCAAUUUCCUUUCCGGGUCUAAACUUGCCGCACAAAGUUGUCAAGUUCCAGAUUAAACAGCCAGCCCUUGGUGUCUUAUAAAAUGACUACUGUCGUGUGAUCGAAUAGUUGUUUCUUCAUAUUUCAGGCAUCAGCAUUACUCACUGGUUCAGACAAUUUCUUCAUCGGUUCAAAGGACCAGUGCUUUGCAUUUUAUCAUAAGCCAUCUGCCAUUUAGCUUGUAAAGCUACAUUAUGGAACUGAAUAGUGCGUAACGCUUGUGUACAUUUUUGUCUUGACAAAAACAAGCCCUUGCACAGUUGUACAAGCAGAAUUACUUUUUAUGGUGCGCUAUAACACGAAUUGUUUUCUGAUACCUGCUGUUUUAACCAAACUUCAAGGAGAUCAUCAGCCAUGAUUCAGGGGUGGGUUGAAGGUUGACCUUCACAUUAAUAUGUUUGUGUUGUAGCUUCACAGUAUUUUGGGGGUAUUAAUGAUAAGCCCUUAACAUUGACUUGUCUUUUCCACCUUGUGCAGUGUACAUGUAUUUGUUCCGACAGUUCGAUUCGUAGUCCUGUGUACAUGUAUGUAUUCAUUGGUUUGUGUUAUUGUAAACGUGGAGCCCAAUUUUUCCCAACUUUCCUCACUUGACCACUUCUUUUUUCCCCCAGAUGUAAGGGAAUAUUUUUGUAGUGAUACUUAAUGACUAAAGAAAAUGUAAGAAAUGUCAAAAUUAGUUUUCUACUUCCAAAUCUGAAGGGUUAGCAAUAUCCUUCAUUCUGUGACUAAGUUAAGCAGACCAGUUUUUGGUUUGAUGAACUCUGCUGUGCACUGUUUAAGAUGAAAUCAAUACUGGCCACUUGAAUGUCAAUUUUACUUAGAGUAUUCAUGUGUCCCUACAAAUAAUACAGAUACAGUGCUGUUAAUUGGCUUGGUUUAUUAAGGUCAAACAUAAUGGUUUAUUUGGUGUUACUGUUAACGUUAAACACUCGUUGACCUUUUUGAUACAGAAAAUAUCAUUUCUAACACCUGAAGGCCGGUUCAUACUCGCUACGUAUUCACUGUGUACACAGCGCGAAGGUCUAUUUUGAUGUGUCUGCAGUGCGUGAAGGAAAGCGAAGUGCGUAAUGAAAAGUUUGUGAAAAUAAUGGAUAGCGUGUAUGCACCAAAUGUAUGCAUAUGCGUAAUUGUACAAAUUAAAAAGUUUAACUUUGGUCAGAUACGCACACGCAGCCAAGACUUGAGAAAAUAUGAUGGUAUUAACAACAAAUGCGGCGUUCACAUUAAGCGCUAAGUGUGUGCAAACACAGCGCGUAUGAACCAGCCCUGAGGAAAGCACCGCCAGAUGCUGCAAAUAAGUGUACAUUUACCACGUCCUACAUCACAGCAGUCAACAUUUGUUUUGUGGUAUCUUUGUGUCAUAGUUUCCUACAGAAGAGAAGAUCGGUUAUUGAACCACUGUUUAGCAGCAGAUGUAAAGAUAUUGUUGGCUGGUUUAUGCGAUGGAAGUAGUGCCAUCUGCUGUGCCACUGGUCCCAUGGAUAUGCACUAUGCAGUAGUUACAGGAGUUGUGAAAGUGUAUGGAUACCAGUGACUUGAAUGAUGGCUGACAUUGUUGAUACACAAAACAUUGUACAGCCCACGUGUACAUGUUGCUGCCACAGCUGUUUUUAGAAACUAGACACAUUACUGUAAAUAUUGUAUUAUAUGAAAUAGCCAGGAGCUCUUUGAAUUGUUGCCAGUAUAUUAGCAGAGCUUUCUUUUUAACACUGGGAUCGAUCUGUUGAAAAAUCUCUGUUAGGUACUUGUAUUUGUUUUGAAUAUUUUGUCAGCUUGUGCAUACACGCAUCAGCGACUUCAUUAUAUGUUUACGGUAGUAAAUACUUCAUAAUUGCUUUUGAUAUUUUUUUUCAUAUUGUAUAUACAUUUAGUUGUUGAUUAUAUAUUUAGAGUAGUUAAUUUGUGUCUUCAGUUGAAAGCAUGCUAAAUAGGCUAUUUUAUUCCAUUCACUAAAUACCAAUACAUACAUGUUGGGAAAUCAAGUAAAUUUUUGAAAGUGCAUAUGUACAUGUAUUUAUGAGCAGCACUCAUGGUUUAUGAGAUCAGUUUGUUGGUGGGUGAAGGACAGUGUCUAACAGCUUGGGAAAGUUGAGAAUUGGUGAGCAUUGCUUUGAACUUUUUCCCUUGCCUUCAUUUGUCACUUUGUCAAAGCUAGCAGUUUAUUAGAUGUUAGUUUUGUAGAAAUCUUUAAAAUGACAAGAACCAUCAAACCUGGGUCAUGCAGAGCUGUAAAACUGCAAACAGUACGUGCAAAUUACAAGUAUCAGUGAAGCUCAGGUCCAGCAGAGAAGUGUUGGUGUCCUGUGCAGUUGUCAAAUGAUGUGGAACAAGGUGCUUUUUAAGACAUGAAUAGGCCUCUAUACUGAUGACAUCACACUGCCAUGGAGCCAGUGUGGGGCCUAAGGUCACCUGAGCUCCAUCGGCAAACACAUGCGUAAACCAAGUGUAGCUGCCAUCAGUACAGAGGCUUGUGCAUGACUCUUGCCUUUACACCUUAAACGCUGCGUUCCCUUCUGCAGGGGUUUAAAACAUGCCCCACAUUGCAGCAGUCGAUUCUUUUGUAAUUUCAUGUCUUGGAUUUUCACCCUGCCUGUGAGAAGGAAAAUGUGAUAAAAUCUCAAGCAUGCAAUUUUCCUCAUAUCAGCCGAUUUCCUCAUUUUUCACUUCAUACUUGUGCCAUUAAAAAUAAAAACAAACACUGUGCAGUCUUGUAAAGACUGGGAUUUCCUUGUUUCUCAUCAAAGUCCAACAUGCAUUCCUGUAAAUUCAGCACCAAUGUUUGGACUACUGUUGAUCACAGAGUGGUUUCUGCUGUUUCCAUACUGAUGAUCACUGCCAUUUUACUGGUCACACAAGACGAUGGUAUUGGGUAAGAGCUGAUUUGCAAGAUUUGUGGUACACAAUUAUGUAAUGAAAAGACAUUGCAAUGUGGCACAUGCACUUGUGGCUGAUGACAGCAAUCAUUCUCAGAUACACAACCCUUGACCAUUUUCAAUGGAUUACAUGUGCAUAAACUGUGUCAAUUGCAGUGGCCGAGAGAUAAUUUAAUAAACAGUUGUGUCUGUGCCCAGGUCUGAAAGAUCAUCCAGCACUUGUUUCCAUUGUAGAAUCAUUCUCAAUUUGUCAGUCCAGCUAUGUGAAUAAACUCAACUUGUCCCCAUGGAUUCUGUGAAAUUGAGGGUAGUUGCAAAAAAUUUUUUUGCAUAAGCAAAUAGCCAUGUUUAAGAAUUCUUGUAAAAUUCAACCAUUUUUCCCAAGGACCAACUUUUUUUUUAGACCAGGUACCCACUAGAUAUUUUCAAAAGCACGUUUAAGUUUGCUUUGGUUAUUAAUGAAUAGGCUGUUUUAAUCUUUAAAAGAUCGGAUGUCAAAAGGGACAUUAAAGGUAACAGAAAUAACUGAGCUUUGUACCAUUGCCAAUUUUGUUUUAAUGUGUUCAGUUUUAUGAACUUGUUGGUUUAGAUGUGGUCACUUUCAGUGAUGGUAAAAUUUUGUUCAAUGAAAUCGCAAAAUAAAGAUGAGCAAGAACGGAGACAA